UGAAGCCAAACCCGGUGUUCCCUGGAGAGACAGUUACUCUGAUGUGUUCAGUUGGGUCUGACAGUAUCUGGAGCUAUAAGUGGUACAAAGACAUGAAUGAUAAUGUAGUGUCCCAGUCUGUCAGACACACUAGAACAGGAGACACCCUCACCAUCAGUAGAGCUGCUGAGUCUGACCAGGGUCUCUACUGGUGUCAGGGAGAGAUCCAGUCCAGAUCCAUAUCAAUCAUCAGUGAUCCUGUCACUAUCACCCUGAAUGCUCUGCCUGAGGCCUCAGUGAGUGUCUCUCCUCAGGGUCUCCUCUACUCUGGAGAGACAGUCAGUCUGCAGUGUGUCAUACCAGGCUACACAGACUGGAGGUACUACUGGUACAAAAACAACCAACACCUUCCUGAUGAGACCAGUAAAGUUAUAGAUAUCACCAUCCCCAUCACUCUGACUGGUCAGGCUGGUCAGUACAGGUGUGAAGGGAACAGAGUGUCUAGACCCACAUCUUCACAACCAAGUGAUCCUGUCACUCUCACUGUAAAAGCUCUGCCUGUGGCCUCAGUGAGUGUCUCUCCUCAGGGUCUCCUCUACUCUGGAGAGAGAGUCAGUCUGCAGUGUGUCAUACCAGGCUACACAGACUGGAGGUACUACUGGUACAAAAACAACCAACACCUUCCUGAUGAGACCAGUAAAGUCAUAGAUAUCACCAUCCCCAUCACUCUGACUGGUCAGGCUGGUCAGUACAGGUGUGAAGGGAACAGAGUGUCUAGACCCACAUCUUCACCACCAAGUGAUCCUGUCACUCUCACUGUAAAAGCUCUGCCUGUGUCCUCAGUGAGUGUCUCUCCUCAGGGUCUCCUCUACUCUGGAGAGAGAGUCAGUCUGCAGUGUGUCAUACCAGGCUACACAGACUGGAGGUACUACUGGUACAAAAACAACCAACACCUUCCUGAUGAGACCAGUAAAGUUAUAGAUAUCACCAUCCCCAUCACUCUGACUGGUCAGGCUGGUCAGUACAGGUGUGAAGGGAACAGAGUGUCUAGACCCACAUCUUCACCACCAAGUGAUCCUGUCACUCUCACUGUAAAAGCUCUGCCUGUGGCCUCAGUGAGUGUCUCUCCUCAGGGUCUCCUCUACUCUGGAGAGAGAGUCAGGCUGCAGUGUGUCAUACCAGGCUACACAGACUGGAGGUACUACUGGUACAAAAACAACCAACACCUUCCUGAUGAGACCAGUAAAGUUAUAGAUAUCACCAUCCCCAUCACUCUGACUGGUCAGGCUGGUCAGUACAGGUGUGAAGGGAACAGAGUGUCUAGACCCACAUCUUCACCACCAAGUGAUCCUGUCACUCUCACUGUAAAAGCUCUGCCUGUGGCCUCAGUGAGUGUCUCUCCUCAGGGUCUCCUCUACUCUGGAGAGAGAGUCAGGCUGCAGUGUGUCAUACCAGGCUACACAGACUGGAGGUACUACUGGUACAAAAACAACCAACACCUUCCUGAUGAGACCAGUAAAGUUAUAGAUAUCACCAUCCCCAUCACUCUGACUGGUCAGGCUGGUCAGUACAGGUGUGAAGGGAACAGAGUGUCUAGACCCACAUCUUCACCACCAAGUGAUCCUGUCACUCUCACUGUAAAAGCUCUGCCUGUGGCCUCAGUGAGUGUCUCUCCUCAGGGUCUCCUCUACUCUGGAGAGAGAGUCAGGCUGCAGUGUGUCAUACCAGGCUACACAGACUGGAGGUACUACUGGUACAAAAACAACCAACACCUUCCUGAUGAGACCAGUAAAGUCAUAGAUAUCACCAUCCCCAUCACUCUGACUGGUCAGGCUGGUCAGUACAGGUGUGAAGGGAACAGAGUGUCUAGACCCACAUCUUCACCACCAAGUGAUCCUGUCACUCUCACUGUAAAAGCUCUGCCUGUGGCCUCAGUGAGUGUCACUCCUCAGGGUCUCCUCUACUCUGGAGAGACAGUCAGUCUGCAGUGUGUCAUACCAGGCUACACAGACUGGAGGUACUACUGGUACAAAAACAACCAACACCUUCCUGAUGAGACCAGUAAAGUCAUAGAUAUCACCAUCCCCAUCACCCAGACUGGUCAGGCUGGUCAGUACUGGUGUGAAGGGAACAGAGUGUCUAGACCCACAUCUUCACAACCAAGUGAUCCUGUCACUCUCACUGUAAAAGAUUAUCAGCCAAAGACCACACUGACUUCAGACAAAGAAGACGUAUUCACAGGAGACAGAGUGACACUGAACUGUACUGUUGAGUCUCCUGGAUGGAAAUUUUACUGGUACAGACACAGACCAGACUCUACACCAGUAACCACAACCUCUGGAUACUCCUACACACUCAGCAGGGUCAGUGUCUCUGAUGGAGGACAGUACUGGUGCAGAGCUGGGAGAGGAGACCCAGUCUACUACACCCUGUACAGUGACCCAGUCCAGAUAAACAUUACUGAGAGGCCUGUUGCUGUUCUGACCCUCCAACCCAACUGGACCCAGAUAUUCAUUGGAGAGACUGUCACUAUGAGAUGUGACAUACAGGGAGGAGGAGACUCUGACUGGAACUACAGAUGGUAUAAGAAUAGUCCGGUAGUGAUCCCCUUUAACAUAAAGCCUGAGUACAGAAUCAGUCCUGUCUACAUGUCUAACAGUGGAUCAUAUACCUGUGAGGGUGUAAAGGGAAACAAGUUCUCCAAGACCAGUGAGGCUGUAAAACUGACCGUGUCUGAUCAACCUCAACCUGUCCUGAGAAUCUCUCCUCAGUGGCUGAACCCUGGAGACUCAGUGACUCUGAGCUGUGAGGUUGACAAGACGUCUACAGACUGGAGCUUCUCCUGGUACAGGACUGUUCCCUACAGAGCUGGGUUACCCUCCCUAUUACACGAGUCUUACUCUCUACAGCCCCUAUCUGGCAAUGUGACUACUGAAGACUCCUACACUCUGAUCCCUGCUGGUCCUACUCCCACAGGAGGAUAUGUGUGUAGAGCUGGGAGAGGAGACCCAGUCUAUGACACACUCUACAGUGAACCUCAGUUUCUCUGGUCAGGAGAUCUGCAGCCUUCGGUGUCUCUUACAGUAAAUCCCAACACAACUCAACACUUUACAUCAAAGUCUCUCUCACUGAUCUGUGAGCUGAAGGGGAACUCUACUGGAUGGAGACUGAAGAGACACACAGAGACAGCAUGGCCGUCAGAGUGUCCAUCUACCUGGAGAUCAAUAACAGAAUCCACCUGCACCAUCACAUCAUUGGACACAUGGUACAGUGGAGUGUUCUGGUGUGAGUCUGGAUCAGGAGAGUACAGUAAUGCUGUCAACAUCACAGUAAAUGGUGGUGUUGUGAUCCUGGAGAGCCCUGUCCAUCCUGUGACUGAAGGAGACUCUGUGACUCUGACCUGUACAUUUAGACAUCAGGGAACAAAUUCUAAACCCAAGACUGAUUUCUACAAAGAUGGAACACUCAUCAAGAAUGAGACCACAGGAGAGAUGACCAUCCCUGCAGUAUCCAAGUCAGAUGAAGGAUUCUAUAAGUGUAAAUCUGAUGAAGGAGAAUCACCAGAGAGCUGGGUGACAGUGAGAGCUCCUGCUUCCUCUACAUCAGUCCUAGUAGGAGUGGUUGUGGGUCUGCUUGUUGCUGGUGUCCUACUGGUCAUUCUCCUGGUCCUGCUGGUGAGAUAUCAAAACAGCAAAGGUUCCUGUUCCAACAGAAUAUUCUGGCCCCCUCAGCCCCAGAGAACCAACCAGGACCCCCAACAGGACCAAGGAUCUACCCAGGGUCAGGCUCCUGAUACUGGGUAUACACAUCAGCAGCAUGGUGGCACUAACAUCUACGAUACGAUCAAUUCCUCAGACAACAAUGAUGAUGAUGUUGCUGGUGCUUCUGCUGCUGGACCAAGUCAUGUGACUUACGCCCAGAUUCAGCUGAAAAAGUUGGACAAGAAAAAGAAAGAAAAGAGAAAUUAUCCUAAAGACUAUCCAGUCUACUCUGAGGUGAAGACAGGGAAAGCCACAGGAGCAGCAAGACCUGUUGAUGUGACCUAUGCUGAGGUUGACCUCCAAAAGAGGGCCAAAGCCAAGAAGAAGAGAGAAACAGCAACCCCACCUGAGCCAGAAUCUGUCUAUUCUCUAGUGAAGCCAUACACAGUCCCCGCAGCAGCUGGACCUGUUGAUGUGACCUAUGCUGAGGUUGACCUCCAAAAGAGGGCCAAAGCCAAGAAGAAGAGAGAAAGAGCAACCCCACCAGAGGCAGAUUCAGUCUAUUCUCGAUUGAAGCCACGCUAAUGCCCCGGUCCUUGAGGGAGAUGGAGGGAUAAAUAACUUUGUGUGGUGAUAUGUUACAGGUCCUUGAGGGAGAUGGAGGGAUAAAUAACUUUGUGUGGUGAUAUGUUACAGGUCCUU